AUGAGCAGUUCAAAUAAACCUACGCGAGCACAAGAACACCAAAAGUCUAACCGACUGUUGCUCCCCAGAAAGCUCCAAGACUCUGAUCAUGAGCCUCAAUAUGCGCCUCUCGAUGUCUCCGACAUACCCAGGGCAUCCUUGACAUCAGUCGCAUGCAACAACUGCCGCGUCCGGAAAUCAAAGUGUGAUGGUCGUAAACCAACAUGUUCGGCCUGCGCGAGCCGAAGACAGCAUUGUGUAUAUCGUGCUGAAGUUUCGCAUGAAAAGAUGAUAGAGCUGCGAAAGGGCUCUAAAGAUCUCUUUCAGGCAUUGGAGCUCCUGAGGACAGCCCCUGAUGAGCAAGCUCAACAUCUGCUGGAGACAUUGCGCAGCACUGAUUCUGUAUCGGAAUUCUUGCAACUUCUUGACUCAGACAUCAUAAAGCCACCUUCUCCAGCCGACCCCCUUGCCACCAGUCUUGCGGGAACUUCAGCGGAUUCAACAAUGGAACUGGACCUAAACAUGCGAUUUUCUGGUGUGUUUCCUGUACUGGAAACUCUUGACAUCAAGGAUGUAGAUCUUGGUCUACUGGCAAUUAACAAACGGGCCCUCGCAUCUUCGAAUCAACAAGCGACAGCACCCUUGACACCUUUCUCGCCAAUAGAAUCAGAUCAAAGAUCGGAGACACCCACGACUUCUGAAUCCUUCUCGACGCCAAGCGACACCACUGGAGAUACUGGCGUUGACCCUCGGCUAGAAUCUCUUCAAAUAUGGCAGUGGACUUCCAUACCUAUACCCGAAAGCCUGGCUGCGCAGGCAAUAUCUUUCUAUCUAGCCAACGAACACCCUCUACUAGCACUUUUCGAUGCUGAUCUAUUCAUCCGAGAUUUUGUGGCAGGUGGAGGUCGCUUCUGCUCACAACUUCUCGUCAGCUCACUUCUUGCCUGGGCCUGCGCUUCCUACUCUCAGUUUGAGCCACGAGCUCAAACACUCUCUCUUGCCUUUUUGAGAGAGGCCAAGAGGCGAUGGAAGGAUCUAACAGACCAUACUGCUAUCACUACGUUAUCAUCAGCAAUGCUUCUUACCCUUACUUGUAACCAGAAUGGCCAAGACAAAGUUGGUCUGUUCUAUCUCGACGCCAGUGUAAAAAUAGGUUAUGAGCUUGGUUUGUUCAGUGAUGAUGGAUCAUCAGUACCUGAUUUCAACGACGACGACGAAACAAGGACAGCAGCAUCGUUUGCUGCCUGGGGUGCCUUUGGCUGGCACAGUCUCCAUUGUAUCAACUUCCGAGCAAAACACCGAAUAAGACAUCCGCCAUCUUUACCUAUACCAGGAGAUGUAUCCGGGCCGCCCCUGAAUGACCAUAUGGGAAGCACGUUCACAUGGAUAUCCAAGUUCUGGGUCAUUAUACAUCAAGCAUUUCGUGACGACUAUAGCCACUUUAGCCGUCUACCAAUGUCGCACGCCCAUCGAAUGUAUCAACUAUUACUUGAAUGGGCCAGUAUCCUUCCAGAGAACGUACAGAGGAGUGAGAACUGCCCUCACCAUGUUCUGGUGCUACAUAUUUGGUACCAGACAGCAGUGAUAGACAUUUGGCGCCCGUUCCUCGGUCGUAGAAGCUAUGAAGACGCCGGGGGAAGCGAACUUGCCACUGCCACUGCCACUCACGAAGCAUCCGUCCAUCAACUCAAACGGCUUAUCUAUCUAUACAGGAAGCGAUUCGAGUCAACAAACCUUACCAUGUUCAUCACCCCUGGACUUCUCACACUCAUCAACGAGGUCUUUCGAAAUCCCGGUACAUCCGACGCUCAGUUUUACUUCAUUUUGGCGGCGCGUGGAUGCUUGUCGAUAGCAUCUUGGUGCAAGGGGCUCCGAGGUAUUACAGAGGGCUUGAUGACAAUAGGGUGGCAAAACGGAACCUUCAAACGUGAAGGUUGGACAGACAACAGCAUGAUUGAGGACAUCAGAGCUACAACACGGGCGCUCAACCAAGAGGGCACGUAUAGCAGUCUUUACCCAAUCAACCUCGACUCAACGAGUGAGAGCAUGGACGAUAUAGGCAUGGAAGCCUUGGCGGGCGAAUUUCAGAGGCUGAGUUCACAAAAUGAGCCCACGCGCGGGAAAGAAGUCGAGAUGACCAGUGAGCCUAACGUCUGGAAGGGAGACCAACGAGACUUGGACUUGACGUUGACUGAGGCGACGGAAGAGGAGGAAUACACUUAG